AUGGGGAAAGUCAGAGGCCGGUCCCAAAACAGGCAAGCAACCCAGCAGGACGACAUUGUAUCAAGCCAGGAGAAUGGAGAGCAACAAUCAGGAGUUGAAGGGUUCAACUUUGGCUCGAUAAACCAGGAAGGAUAUACCGACAUUAGCCAGAGAAGGGAAACGAGGAACAAGUACAGAAAUCUCAUCGAUGUAGUCCAGCGAAAUAGAGAAGAGUUGAUGACUGCUUCCAACACUCAACUCUUUGAGGUUUUGAAAGAGGCAGACGAACUUUUGGAUAAUGUGAACAAGACGAGCGAAGCAGUGCUGGAUUCCAAAGUGGUAUUUGUAGCCACACAGCUCAAUGAGGCGAAGGUCGACCAGUUGCAACAGCAGGAAGACACCUUUGACGUCUUCCCUUAUGUUGAUCACCUGCUUUCCUUCAUGGGUCUCAAUCGGCUAGAAAGUGAAGAGGCAGAGAAUACUGAAAACGGAGUCGAUGAUUACCUGACCAGCGACGCCUGGGAAAGACUGGCCCGGAGAGCUGAGGACUGUUUUAGCACAGCACCCAGCUACCACUACAUGUUAGGGUCCUUCCAUGCCGAGCCACCCACUCCAAAGCAAAGAGUAGAACGACAAAGGAAACUCCCAAGCAAGGAAGCAAAAAGGAUCAUGCCAACUCUGCUGAAAAAGGUUGAAGAAAAUGAACAGGAAGCCACAGAGAAAGAAGUGGAUAGGAUCCUGUCCAUUCUAAACAACUGUCAUCUAGCCAACCCGUCGUCAAAGAUUCCAUAUUACCAGUUUGUCAUUGAUCCCGACUCCUUUUCCCGCACAAUAGAGAACAUUUUCAACACGUCAUUUCUCAUACGGGAUGGAUCGGCAAAAAUACACCUGGAUAAAUAUAAGGUUCCUUAUAUAGCUCCUGUGGACGAGCCGGUAAUAGAUGCGACAGAAAUACAAAACCGCAAUGCAAGCAUUGUUUCAAUGAGCCAAAAGUUCUGGAGGGAGACCAUAGAAGUGAUGGACAUCAAGAAUGCAAUGAUUCCUCCUCUAACCACAGCCAGUCAACAGUACAACUAG